UAGAUUAAUAGGUUUUUGUUAAAAUGUGAGCCAAAAUCAUCACAAUUAAAAGAACCAAAGACUAAAACUACUUCAGUCUGUGUGCAUUGAAUUUGUUUAAUACACAAGUUUCAAAAUUGAAGUACAGUUACUGAAAUAAAUGAACUUUUUUUUAUAAAAUUUUAAUUUAUUGAGAUGCACCUGUAGAAAGUGUUUGGUCACCAGCUCUGCUAGUGAAUAUCCACAUCUGUAAAGGAAAUUUCGUUCAGCCCCUUUUUCUAAAACAACCAGUCAAACAUCAGCAUGUCAGUGUUUGAUCUUUGAACAUUGCCCUAUAUAGAAGAGGAAGCAGCCUUAAAUGAGACAUACUACCAAAUUGACACUUUCAUCCACAUAACCAGGACCCUUUAGUUCUCACAUAUUUAAAUUGUAUUUUAUGACAGUCAUCUGAGCUGAAUAUACUGGAUCUGUUUUACUUCUGUGCGCAUCAAUCAUUAUUACAGGACUAAAUCAAUUUAGCAUCUUUAUCAUAAUACUAUUAAGAACAGGUGCUAAACAAUGAAGUUCAGAGUUUUGUCAACCCUUUUUCUCCUCACAUUUGCAAAUGGAACAUGGGAAUAUGAUCAUUUUAUUCACCAGGAUUCUUUGAUAUUUGCUGAACUUGGAAGUGUUGUGAUUAUACCCUGCUCUCAUUCAGACGACUUUAUAAAUACUGUUUUAUGGUAUAAACAUUCUGUUGGAAAGAAACCACUUCUCAUAGCGUAUUCAGAACAUGGCUCUGAAAGUGUUACAUAUGAAGAUGGCUUUGACAAUCCAAACCGAUACUUUAUCAGAUCAGAAACUGACUCUAUUAAUUUGACCAUCAAACACUUGGAAGAAUAUGAUUUUGCAACCUACUAUUGUGGUGUGAGUUUCUUGAACAUAAUUAAAUUUGGAGAAGGCACGAUUCUUCUACGUAAAGAUGGUGAUGAAAUGAUAAGGACCACGGUUCUCCAGCAGCCUGUAUCUGACAGACUUCAUUCAGGAGAUUCAGUGACUCUGCAGUGUUCAGUCAUCGGUCAGAUCUGUGCAGGAGAAUACAGCGUCUACUGGUUCAGACAUUCAUCAGGACAUUCUGAUCCAGGAAUCAUUUACACCCACGAUAACAGCAGUGAUCAGUGCAUGGAGAGAUCAGAGAGUGCCUCUUCUACCCAGAGCUGUGUCUACAGUCUCUCUCAGACUGAACUCACACCAACUGAUGCUGGAGUUUAUUACUGUGCUGUUGCCACGUGUGGGAAGAUACACUUGGGAAAUGGAACUAAGCUGAUUAUUGAAGCUUUCACUUUCAGGAAUCCAGUUGUUUUAACCCUGUUCAUAAUCAGUCUAAUAGCCGUUAUUGUGAACAUAUUUCUGGUGAAAUUGAUUCACAAGAUGCACAAAAAAGAGACUUCAAAACAACCCAGAAAUCAAAGGAAUCAGACUGAGGAAACAGAUGCCUUAAAUUAUGCAGCCUUGAGUCUUUCCAAAAAGCCUACAACCUCAAAAAGAUCUUCAGGGAAAACCAGCCAAGAAGAAACUGUUUAUUCAUCGAUUACAGUGCGAUAGUUUAGAUAAUUAUACUGAUGCUAAAAAACUGAUUGACAUGUUUCUCCACUGAAAUGGGUGUUAUCUGUAUACUGUUAACGGAGGCCAUAUAAGCACUUCAUAGGCAAGAAAUGGAUUGCAGCUUUUACGACAUGGCAUUGUAAUACGAGAGGGCGCCAGCAAAAAUCUCUCAUCUUGCAGCAGGCUUGUUCUUCCAAACAGUGAUCACUGGUCUGCACUCGUUCAGAUAUUAUGUGUGCGCCCUCAAACUUUCUCCUGUGUACUUGCAAAAAAGUGCUUAUUGUAACAGGUAUUUAUAAAAAAGAAUUGCAUUUAGUUAAACACAACCCUUAUAGAAGGAAUUUUAUGUAUUAUUUGAUUGGUAAUGCAUUUGCAGUCCGUGCGUUUCAAUUCUCAAGAUACAUUUUGUGUAGUGAAUUCAUCAAGCGCACCAUUGAACGGAGAAGGACUACUCUAGAAAAAACGAAAUCCCUUUUUGUUAUUACUGGUGAGAAUGUUAAAAUAUUUUAAGCAUUUUUUGCUAUAUGUUUGAUAUUUAAGACCAGUUAUCAUUUACUUGUGGAAACAAUGGUUAAAACGAAAGGGGACAUGUGAUGCGUUUCCAUGUUUUCCUUUUUCUUUAUUGUGUAAUGUAGUUGUUUAUGCAUAUAUAUAAAAUCUCCAAAGUUACACAGCUAAGAUUAAAGUCUCCCAGAAAAUGAUUUUUUAUUUAUUUUUUAUCUAAAAGAAAAGGCUGAGCGAGGCUGACUGCAAAAUGCUUCAAUCUGAUUCUCCCUUUAUCUAUGUCACUAUGUGGAAAUAUUUGCAUAAUGCUGCCCAAAAAGUUGUGGUUUCAGGUAUCACAGUAGUGUUGUUGCCGCCAUGUCGUGAAGAUACGAGUAUCAUCCACUUUCCACUUUUUUGAAGAUAAUAGGGUAUGUAACCUAAAAAUGAGAAUAAACCCAUGCU